AUGCUCGCCGCAGCGUUCGGCGUGGUCAGCAGGGCUGGGGAGCGCCAUGCGCCCCUCAUAGCAGCACACCUGCUGGGCGCGCCGCAGCCCGGCCCGCAAUGCGACAGCGCCGUUGGCUUCCUACGCCAGCUGCCUUUCAAAGGGCUGCAGCUGCGCCCGCGCAGCCUCAGCAGCCUGAAGACCAGCCUCACCGCCGACGACGUCACCAGCGCCGUCGCGCCCUCCCCCGAGCUCUCGUUCACGGAGGUCGCGUCCAUGCUGAAAGGGAUCGUGGGGCCGCUUUCGUGGGGAGACCUGGUGUUCGGCGUGCAGGCGCUGGCGCGGCGUCACCGGGAGGCCGGCCUGGGCUACAAGUUGGAGGGAGGGACCGCGGUCACAGACCGCCGGCUCGUUGCGCGGCUGCUGGACGCUGCCGACCUGGCGUAUGGUGCCUACAAGAACAACCCACAGAGCCUGUGCGCCGUCAGCAGCCUGACGCUGCCAUGCAUCCACCGCUUUGAGCCGGACAACGCGCUCCUCCGGCCGGCCUACUUUAUAGCGACAGACCACCCCUCCGCGCGCAUCGUGUGGGGCAUCCGCGGCACCAAGUCGAUGCACGACGUCCUCACAAACGCCAUGGGCGCGGCGUGCGAGGCGGGGCCGGGCCGCUACGCGCACGAAGGAAUGCUGCAGGCGGCGCGCGAGCUGAUCCGGCUGGAGCUGGGGGACGUGCUGAAGCUGAGCGGGCAGCUGCCCGGCUACGAGAUCCUGAUCGUGGGCCACUCCCUCGUCGCACCGCCGGCCGUGACCUGCCCAACGCUGGCCGAGGAGAUGCGGCCUUACGUAACCUCGGUCAUCCGAGAGCACGACAUCGUGCCGCACUGCUCCCUCGGACAGGUGGUGCGGCUGCAGCAGGAGGUGCUUGAUACGGACUGGUACGCUGAGCUGAAGAGCUCGGUGUUUGAGAUGGCUUACAUCAGGGGGAUCUCCGACGCGAUCUCGGCUGCCGGCCACCUGCCGGCUGCUGCCACCAGCGGCGCAGCACGCCUGCAGCGCCUUGCAGCCGAGCUGCUGAGCAGCCGCCACAGGGACCAAUUCGCGUCCGCCCUCGGCAUGGCGGCCCCGGCGGCAGCGGCGGCGCGAGCGGCUGCGUCGGCCCCGACUGAGCAGCAGCAGGAGCAGCAGCAGCAGGCACAGCCAGCAAGCGGCGGGGCCGGGCCGCCGGCGAACGCGGACCCGCAGGCAGCGUGGCAGGUGGCGGUGGUGCAGCGGUGGGUGUCUGAUCUGUCGAAGCGCCUGGUGCCGUAUGUUGAGGGCGCCUCAUCGCUGAGCGACGCGGAGCUGAGGCGCGCGGCAGACACCGCGGUGGCCAGCCUCUCGGGGGCGCUCUCCGGCUGGACCAAGAUGCUGCCGGCGCUGCCGGCGCUGCCCCAGCUGCCGUCUCUACCACAGCUGCCGCUGCCAGGGCUGCCGUUUGGGGGGCAGCCGGCUGCCCAGCCGCAGGCACAGGGUGCAAAAGACCUCGACCAGCAGCAGCAGCAGCAGCAGCAGCAGCAGCAGCGGCGGCACGGUCAGGCGCACCAGAAAUAUCAGCAACCGAGCAGCGCGUCUGAGCAGGCAAACCAACAGGGGCACCAGCCGGAGAGUUGCCAGCAGGACAAAGGGCAUGACGGAGGCGCCUUCAGUGAGCUGCUGGACCUCGCUAGCUGGAAGGACAGCCUCGAUCUGUGGUGGGGUGAGCCCAGCGGCGCCGACAGCAGCAGCAGGCGCGGCCGUGGUGGCGGCGGGGCAGCUGCUUGGGGCGAAGGGGCGGCACAGCGGCAAGGCGCGGCGGCAGGGGGACAGCAGCAGCGACUAGAGCCCGCGCAGGCAGAGCCGCAGGGGCGAGUGCAGCAGCCUCAGCAGCAGCAGCAGCAGCAGCAGCAGCAGCAGCCGUACAGGAGCCUGUAUCCCCCAGGGCGUGUGUUUUACAUCCGCGCUGCGGAUACGACACCGCAACCCCCGCAGCGGCCAGGGCAUGAUAGCACACGUGACACAUGUGCAGAUGCGGGACCUGCAGCCGCCGCUGUCGUCGGGCCGGUUGCGGCCGCCGCGGCGACGGCGGCGGCGGCCGCGGCAGGCCGCGGGGAUUCUGCGCCCGCCGCGUCGCGCUUUGAGAUUAUUGAGGUGCCCCAGGCCGCCCUGCAGAGCGAGGGGUUUGACAGGAUCGUGCUUCAUGAGCGCAUGCUGUCAGACCACAGGACGCGCGCGUACAGGGGGGCCCUUCUGAGGCUGCUGAGGGCCCUGCCGGUAGACGCUGCCCCAGCAGAUGGCGGCGGUUGA